AUCCAGAUAUAUUAUACAGAUCAGUGGUUAAUGACUAUUCACGUUCAACAUUAAAAAACAACAACUUGUCACUCUCAAUUAUUGGCUAAGUUUCAGAAGGGGAGGGACUAACUCGACGGAACGGGAUAAAUAUUGCUAUAAUUUCCGGGUUACUUGGGACAGCGCAGCCAUUGACUUCAAAUAGACAUAUGAUUAAAAUGACACACUUAGUGUAUACGCGAAUAUAAGAAAAGUGAAAAUAGAUUGUGGCUUUCCCUUUAUUUACCAAGUUUAGUCGACAGUGGCGCAACUUCAGAUUAUGCAGUGCGAGCAGCCGCAACUUCCGGGUUGUAGCCCGUUUGGAAUCGUCAGCGUGAUGCUGUGUUGCAGCCGCUAUGCAACAGACACAUCAGUAAUAGACCACACGAUGAAUAUAACAAAAAGAAUAAGUGGAAAUUUGGUAAAUUAAAUCAAAACAGAGCCGUGCGUAGUUUUGUAGUUUGCCAACAGGAAGUUGUAGACCGGUCGUUGUUAGAUAGCCGGCUGCUAGCUGGCAUGUUGCCUUUCCACAACGUCAGAUAAUAAUAAAAAUAACUACUCAUUUUGGAUUUAUUCUAAAACAGCAUGGCCGGGUUACGAUGUCGGAUAGCGAACACUUUGGAGGUGAGCAACGAGACGGACGACGAUGUUAAAGCAGAGGAUGAGGAACGGCAGAAAGAUGAUGAUGAUCAAGAAGAGGAUUCCAGAAAGCCUGCGUCGACUGUCCGGAAACCAACGAUUUCUAUGAAGGGUGUCCUCCAGCGUCUGCUGAGGGUCUCCUUGGGAUGCCUGGCAUCGGUGGCGUGCGGCAUGCUGUACGCCGCGUACCUGUCGGCCUUCCACGAGAGGAGGUUCUGGUUCUCAACGAGACAGGAGCUGGAGCGUGAAAUCACCUUCCAAGGAGGCAGCGGCCUUUACUAUUACUACUACAAGCACAUGCUGGCGGCGCCGUCUUUUCAACGAGGAUUCUAUGAGCUGAUGACGGACGACAGGACGCUUGCGGGACAAACCAUCAACGCCGUGGAGCGUCUGUCUUUGUACCCUGAAAUGAUCACCAGCUACAUUUACAGGAUCACUGGCAGCCAGGAUUUGGUGGAGCCCAUCUACUUCUACAUGGGAGCGGUGUUCGGCCUGCAGGCGGUGUACGCCACGGCGCUCUUUGUGUGCAGCUGGCUGAUGAGCGGCACUUGGGUGGCCGGCGUGUUGGCGGUGGCCUGGUGUGUCAUCAGCAGAUCCGACGCCACCAGAGUGGACCAGGCGGUUCCUCUGCGGGAGAACUGGGCUCUGCCGUACUACUCCUGUCAGGUGGCUGCGCUGACUGGUUUCCUGUGUAACAACAUCAGCUCCACUGUCGAGAUGUUGUGCUACCUGACCAUGAGCACCACCACCUUCUCCUUCCUGCUGGUGUGGGAACACAGCCACCACCUGCUCUUCAUCCAAGCCUUCUGUCUUUUCCUGCUCGACUCCUUCGACCUGGUGCCGCCUCGUAAGAUGUCUGACAUUCACAAAGUGUACGUCAGCUCCCUGCUGCUAGCCUUCUUCUUCCACUUUCACAACACGGCCUUGCUCGGCUCGCCUCUGCUCAGCCUCCUGAUUGGCUCCAUGCUCGCCAGGUACCUCCAGCAGAAAAUGAAGAAGGGCCCCCUUGUGGCCAGAGUGAUGAAGCUCUUCCUUCAUUUCCACCUGGUCUUCGCCGCAGGCAUCACCUUCAAUUACCUGGUCAAGAAAGUUCUGCCUGGAAGUGAGAGUGAAUUCAUACUGAAGUUCCUGGAAGUGAAAUUUGGGCUCAACACGACAACCGACUUUGUGACAAACCUCCUCCUGUGCCAAGAAAGUCUCCGAUCUCCCAGCCAGGAUUUGUUUCUGCGUCUCACGCAGGCCUCUGUCCUUCCGUUCUACCUGCUGGUGCUGACCGUGUGCCUGCUGUCCACCUUGGAGACCAUCUACAGAAGACUCAGUGGUCAGGUGACGCAAAGCAACCCUAAACUGGAGGACGUGCACGUUGGAGAGCGUCCUGAGGUGGUCUACCACGUUUUCCACACCUUCCUUUUUGGAGGCCUGACGAUGCUGUUUGACGGGGUGAAGUACGUGUGGACACCGUAUGUCUGCAUGUUCACCGCAUUCGGCGUGUGUUCUCCCGACCUCUGGAUGACCGUCUUCAGGUGGAUGAAGGUCAAGUCCAUCCACCCUGUCAUGCUGUCGUUAAUCCUGAGCACGGCAGUUCCGACCAUCAUCGGCCUCAGUCUGUGGAGAGAGUACUGUCCCCGCGUCCUCGCCGAGUUGUCCGAGCUGCAGGAGUUCAGUGAUCUAGAUGCUGCAGAGAUGAUCAGCUGGAUCAGGACCCGGGUUCCGACAGCUGCAGUGUUUGCAGGCAGCCCUCAGUUGCUGGGAGCGGUCAAGUUGGGUUCUGGUUUGGUCGUCACCAGCUUACCCCAUCACUCAGACAUGGACCUGCUGAGGAGGAGCGAGGACGUGAGUGCUCUGUCUGCCUGUUCCCCAAUACGCUGUGUCAACCUGGACUUGGUGUCCGUGCAGACCUACCAAGUGUACUCCAUGAGAUCCGCAGAGGAGAUCUACAAGAUCCUGACCUCGCACAAGACCAACUACGUGAUCAUCGAGGAGUCUCUUUGUAACGAGCUCAGUCUGAACAAGGGCUGUCGCAUCAAAGACCUGCUCGACAUCUCCAAUGGACAUAGAAGGAUGAGUGCGGAGGCAGCAGACCGCGUCGCUGCUGUGACGAGCAGCCGGCCCAGUACACCGCUUCAGACGUCCUGGUUUGAGUUCCUCCUGGAUGGCGCCUUGCUGGAGAAACACCUGCAGAAGUCCAAUGCAGACCCAACACCUGUGCAGCUCAUCGUCCAGUUCCUGGAGCAGGCGUCCAAGCCGUCUGUGAACGAGCAGAAUCAAGUGCAGCCUCCGGCGGACAACCGGCGGAACCGUACCUUGAAGCUGCUGGCUCUGAAAGUGGCCGCGCACAUGAAGUGGGACCUGGAUGUGCUGGAGAAAGGCAGCUUGAGCAUCCCUGUGUUGAACAUGCUCCUCAACGAGCUCCUGUGUGUGAGCAAAGUGCCGCCGGGGGUGAAGCACGUGGACCUGGACCUGUCCACCCUGCCGCCAACCACGGCCAUGGCCGUCCUCAUCUAUAACCGCUGGGCCAUCAGGACCAUCGUGCUGAGCAGCUUUCCUGAGAAGCAAGCCAAGCCGGGACCGCAUCAGAUGAACAUGUUGAAUGUGGUGCAGCAGGAAAAGGAGAUGACGGACAACAUCCUCAGUGUGCUGAAGGAGCAGGCGAGCGACUCCAUCAGCGUCCUGACGGGGGCGCUUCAGCUGAAGAAGGACUUCUACGUGCACACCAUGAGGACGCUCGACCUGCUGGCUGCGGACGGCGCUGCCGCCAACGGCGAGACCGAGUCCUCCACGGCGGGGCUCCGCAUCAGCGCCAACGAGCUGCACUGCCAGGUUCACUACGACUUGGGUGCCAUUUCCUUCCAGCAAGGCUGCAGGGACCAGCCGGCCUUUGAAAAAGCCAGAGAUCACUUCAGGCAGACGAAGGAACUCUUGAAGAAGCUGGACUCUGCAGUCCACGUCCACCUGGACGAGAAGCGACUGGCGGGUUACUGGAACGCCUGCCAGGCUCUGACCGGCGACUGCGACUCAUGCGACUCGCAGACGACCCGCUACGACCAGAUCAACAUGAUGAUCAGCGCUGGCAGCUACCAGGCGGUGGUGGACGCUUUCAUCAAGGACAACGUCAGCCGCAGUUUGCCAAAGCACUUCAGGUGCUCUGUUCUCAGGGAGUUCUUGCACAAGGCCCAGCAAGGGGAAGCGGGCCUGGAUGAGGUUUGCCACAAGUUGUGCGUCUGCAACGCUGUGCGUGAUGCUCUGGAAGGGGAAGUCCUCGGCGUGCGCUUCCUGCAGCUGCUCCUGAAGCCCAGCAAACGCCUGGUGGGCUUCAUUUUGGAGGUGUGCACGCAAGCACUGGCAAAAGAGCGUUCAUCAGAAACCUCCAGAAGGAACAUGGCGACGUUCGUGCGCACUCUGUGUGAAAGCCUGGAGGAUGUGUCUCUGGUCUUCGUGGUGUCCUCGCACAAACUCUUCACGGAGUUGCUGAAGGAGGAGGAAAGGACGUUGCUGGUGGAGCAGAUGAGGAAGAGGUCGGCCACGGUCAACCUCAGCGCCAAGCCCCUGCCCUCCUUCUACGACAUCCCAGUGUCGGCAAGCGUGAGCGUCGGGCAGCUGGAGCAGCAGCUCAUCCUCUCCUUGGAACCACGCAGGAUCAGGCAGAUCCUCAACGAGCUCCAUGGCAUUGCAGAUCGGCCCUUCUGGAGGGUCAACAGCAAGUGGGAGGUUCCUCCAGACUACAUCAACGUGAUCCUGGCCAUCAAAGACAACUUGACCAAGGACCUGGUCUACAUCCUCAUGGCCAAAGGCCUCCACUGCAUAUCUGUAAAGGACUUCCUGCACGCGCGCCAACUCUUCUCUGCCUGCCUGGAGCUGGUGACGGAGUUUUCCCCGCGGCUGAGGCAGGUGAUGCUGAAUGAGAUGCUGCUGCUGGAGUUGCGUGCCCAUGAGACGGUGGCGGCCAAGGGCAGCAAGGAGCGGCCGCCGCCCGACCUGAUCAGCAGAGUGAGGGGCUACCUGGAGAUGAGGAUCCACGAUCUGCCUCUGCGUCAGGUGGUGGGGGAGGAGUGCGUGGCCUUCAUGUUGAACUGGAGGGAAAACGACUACCUGACCCUGCAGGUGCCAUCGUCUGCCGUCAUCAGCAACCCGUACAUCAAGCUGGGACAGCUCUUGGCAUCCACAUGCAAAGAGCUCCCGGGUCCUAAAGAGAGCCGGCGCACUGCCAAGGAGCUUUGGGACGUGGUGGUGCAGAUCUGCAGCGUCUCCAUCCAACACAAGAGGAGCAACGACGGCCGAGUGGGCCUUAUCAAGCACCGGGAGUCCUCCCUGGGCAUCCUGCUCAGGAGUAAAUUCAUCACUUUUGUCACCAAGAUCAGAGAGCCGUUGGUGUUGACGACCCUCAUCUCGCUUUUUGUGAGGCUCCACUGCACCGUGAGGGAUGACAUCGUCAACGAGGUGACGGCCGAGCAUCUCUCCAUAUGGCCAUCCUCUCUCCCCAACAUACAGGCGGUGGACGUGGAGGCCGUGGCGGUGACGGUGAAAGAGCUGGUGACCUACGCCCUCACGCUCAACCCCAACAACCAAUCGUGGCUCAUCACACAGGCCGACAUCUACUUUGUGACCAACCAGUACUCAGCAGCACUCAACUUUUACGUCCAGGCCGGCGCCGUGGCCUCGGACUUCUUCUCUAAAGCCGUCCCGCCUGAUAUCUACACAGACCAGGUGCUGAAGAGAAUGAUCAAGUGCUGCUCCAUGAUGAACUGCCACACUCAGGUUGCCGUCCUCUGCCAGUUCCUGAGGGAAGUGGACUACAUGACGGCGUUCAAAGCUCUCCAAGAGCAGAGCAGUCACGAUGCCAUGGACUCCUUCUACGACUACAUCUGGGACGUCACCAUCCUGGAGUACCUCACACAUAUUCAUCACAAGCGUGGUGAAGCGGAAAAGAGGCAAAUAGCGAUAAAAGCCAUCGGCCAGACGGAGUUGAACACCAGCAAUCCAGAGGAAGUUCUGCAGCUUGCAGCGCAGAAGCGGAAGAAGAGGUUCUUCCAGGCCAUGGCCAAACUCUACUUCUGACCACAAGCACCUGAUCAGGACUUACAGCACCAGAAUGUGGAUUUUAUUUUGUGGUAGAAAAUAAACUGGUUGAUAAAUGAACACUUGUACGCUUGGGGGCCGCACCCACACUUAGCCUAAAAAGAAGGUCCACUUUGGAGUAAAGAGUGAAACUGCAUUUCACACCAGUUCUUUUUGCCCUCCAACAUGAGCAGCAUCUCCUAGCGGCUGGUGCAGGAGUUGGAGUUCAGUCUCUUUGUUCCAGCUUUGCCUACAAAAUGUCAUCUCAUCCCCUGAGUGGUCUUUCUGUUGAGUGCUCGCCGUCCUGCGCUUUAUUCAGUGGUCUGUUAGCAUCACUUCCUCCUGCAAACGAACAUCUCAUGAAUAUUCAUGUUGACAAGCCAACUGACCUGCAUGCUGAGGUAGGAUGUGUGUGUCACGAUGUGGCUUACGCAAAAGAUUGGAACCCGUUACGCAGAAAAACACAGCGCUAGUAAAAAAUACAAAUUACCAAAAGAUAACUAAGGAACUCAGGGCUAGAGCCAAACAUACAAAGAACAAAAAAAACACUGCAAGGCAGGAAAAAGGUUACUCACUGAACGAAAAGAGCUGCAGAACAGGUAAGUGGCAGUAGCAAAAUCACAAUGGCAAAAAGAUAUGCGAGCAAAGGGGUCCAGUUGGGAGCCAAGGGAUGAGGAACAGGAAGCAAGGUUGGCAAGGGAAUAACUGGCAACUAGAUAGUG